UUGGCUUCAUGCACUGCAAGAAUCGGAAUUUUCGGCUUUUGUGACCUAAUAAAUAUUGAAAGCAAAACAGAAACCAAUAAUUAAAUAGAUAAAUUCUCCAUUUAUAUGGAUACAACUUUAAAACAUCAAUGGUAAUUCAAUAGUUUAGUUCAUCAUCACUAAUUCAUUAAAAUGGGUGAUUCUGGUGAUUUUAACGAAGGUGAAGGAACCAUGGAAUCAUAUGGGAAUAUGUCAUCAGAAGUAACCUACAACUGGGUGGACAUUACUGCAGACUUUUUCAAAAAUAUCAAAGAUCUCCAACUGGGGGAGUUGCUUCAUGAUGGUCACCUGUUUGGACUCUUCGAGGCCAUGUCAGCCAUAGAGAUGAUGGACCCAAAAAUGGAUGCCGGCAUGAUGUGUAACCGCGGCAGUCCCAAGCCACUUAAUUUCCAACAAGCAGUAGCUUGUGGUAAGCUGAAGAUUGAUAGCUUGGAACCGAGUGAACUGAUCGGGAUCAUUGAUGCAACUAUGGCAUGUAUUGUGUCGUGGUUGGAGGGACACUCGUUAGCUCAGACAGUGUUCACAAAUCUGUACUUACACCAACCGCAUUCUAUACUUAACAAGACGCUGAAAGCAUAUUGUAUAGCCAUUUACAAGCUUUUGGAUUGUAUCAGGGAUUGUAUUAACAAGGCACAAGUAUUUGAAGAAGAGGAUUUCUUACCAAUGAGUUACGGGUAUAGAUUGGGCUUGAAUCCUCUAACAGGAGACUCGUACAACCCUAACUUAGAAGUGACUGAACAGAAGUGUAUAGCAAUGUUGAGGGAACAAGAAGAAGAACUAAAUAAGAAAGCUAAAAGUGUUGAAGGCGAGGACGUAGUAAGCUGGUCGGCUCUGGCAGCUAGAAUUCGCUUUACCAGAAUGUUCUACCAGGCCCUGCUGCUAAUCACGAAGAGGGAUUCACAGUCGGGCGCUGACUGUGUAGCUCUCCUGAACGGGUGCACAGAAAUGAUGAAAGUUAUUAUAAAGACUGCGGGCAAGGGCACACAGCCAAUUGAGAAUUCGGACAAACCCAACCCAAUGGGUUUCGAACCCAUGAUAAACCAGCGGUUGCUUCCGCCGACUUUUCCGCGGUACACGCGCAUCAAGCCGCGCGGGGAGGCGCUGCAGUACUUUGAUGAGCUUGUCGGCAGAUUGCGACAUGCUUGGAAGAUCACAUCCUGUACUAACUUCCAUACAGCUCUGGAUUUCUUCAUGGAGUUCAGCCGUCGCGCCUGUAUACUGUCCCGAUCGGCGCUGCAGCUGCUAUACCUCAGUCCGUCGCCAGCCAGCGCGGCCGCGCAGCCGGACGCCGCUCACCACGCGUUCCUAGAUACGCUGCGGGAUUCCGUCAAGAGUUUCGUGGCCCCGCCCGCGCUGACUCGAGCGCCCAAUGCGGUGUUCUUUGAGCGCGAGAUAGUGGAUACGUUCCUGGGUCACUGCGUGCGGCCGUUCGCGGUGCUGCUGCAGGUGUGCGGACACAACCGCGCGCGCCAGCGGGACAAGCUCGCGCUGCUGCUCGACGAGUUCGCCGCGCUGCAGGAGGAGGCGGAGUCACUCGACGCGCUAGUAAUAGACCCGGCGGGCCCCCGGCCGUGCUUCGGCACGUGGAUCCUGUACCACGUGCUGCGAGUCAUCAUCGCCUACCUGCUGUCCGGCUUGGAGCUCGAGCUGUACAGCGUGCACGAGUAUCAUUAUAUAUUCUGGUACUUAUACGAAUUCUUAUACGGCUGGCUGGUGUCUGCGCUGGGCCGUGCUGAAGGUUUAGCGGGCGAGACGAAGAAGGCGGACGCACGUAAGGGACGCAAGAUGAAGCGACGCCGGCCGUACGCGCGGGAGGCGCUCAUGUGCCAGGUGCUGCAGAACAUGUGCGGCGGGUACUACAAGGCUCUCGUCGCGUUCAAGCUGCAAGGCAAGAUCCGUCAGCCGCAGUCGCCUUUCGACAACGAGGGCGUGCGGUACAAGCACCGGUUCGCGCCGCUCGCCGUGCUCACACCGCCGCAGGUGCACUACAACGAGUUCUGCGAGCUCACGCAGACUAUACAAUAUGAAAAUCCAGUGCUGCUAUACCUCGGUGGAUGUAAACACUUCCAACAGGCGCGCUCGCUCCUCGAGACGGUCACUACGCCAGACCAAGAGGUAUCCGAUCUCCUAAAAGUAGCGAAAACGAAUUUCGUCGUGCUGAAACUCUUAGCGGGGGGACACAAGAAGGACUCGACCGCACCUCCCGAGUUCGAUUUCACGGCGCAUAGACACUUCCCUAUUAUUAAAUUAGUGUAGAUCAUUAUUGUAUUAGUUAUUUAAUAAUAAAGGUAAAUGGAGACCUAGCUGCAGUGUAUACAUUGAGGUUAAACCUGGCUACUGUGUAAGAGCCAGUCCACACGGUCCGUUGCGUCGACGCGGCG